UUUUAUCGCUUAAAUAUUGUUUUUCUUUUCUUUUUGUGUGUAUAAUUAACCUCUGGCGAUUGUUUGACGAAGAACACAGAAAUUUUACUGCAAUGGCAUACGUCGAAGGAGGUGUGGUUAAAGCAAAACGAUCAAUAUGGAGAAUAAGAACAAUCAAGGAUUUCUUCUGGUCAAUAAUCAAUCUGAUACACGUCUUCUUUAUAACAAUGUUCUCGAUGGAGAAAUCAGAUGCGUACAGGAAAGGCUCCGGCGCUAACAAGAAGUGGGAUGGUGGCAGUGGUGGUGGUGGAGGUGGCGGUGGACGUCCUGGACCUCCUCGUGGGGGCCUUGACAAUGUGCGUGGCUUGAAUGAUAUCCGUGGAGCUGACCACAAUUCCCUACCGGCAUGUGGCUCGUGCUGUGGCUGAGACUUCUUUGUUCGGAGCGCUCAAGAAUAAACGAAGGGAUAAUACAUAUGUAGUGUUGAAAUGAUGAUUUGUAUUUUCAGAAAGCAAUGAACCAAGAUUCUGGUAUAUUCGUAUGUGCUUUUCUAAUCAAGCUUUGUAUAUUUAGACACUGGGAACAUUUGAAGUUGGAAACUCACCUUUAGUAAUUAUUGUAACGACAACAAUUGCUACUAAAAAUUGAAUAUAAGUUUGAUAUUACA